AAAAUAAAAAUACAAGAAACGAGUUUUAUUUUCUUCGAGUAACACAGUUGUGUGUGAUCGAAAGAAAGAACGAUGGACGAUGAAUUGCUGGAACUGCAGAGACAAUUCGAGUCUGCUCAACAAGCAAAAUCCAGCAUCCGAUUAUCGGAGAGAAACGUCGUCGAAUUAGUUCAAAAGCUUCACGAGCUUCACAUCAUCGAUUUCGACCUUCUCCACACCGUCUCUGGAAAAGAAUACAUAACUCCUGAACAAUUGAGGAAUGAAAUUGUGACAGAGGUCAAGAAAUUAGGGCGUGUUUCUUUGAUUGAUCUUGCGGACACUACCAGUGUUGAUUUAUACCAUGUUGAGAAGCAAGCAGAACAAGUUGUUUCUGGUGAUCCGGAGCUCAUGUUAAUUCAAGGGGAAAUAAUAUCUCAAUCAUAUUGGGACAUUGUAGCUGAAGAAAUCAAUGAGAGGCUUCAAGAGUGUAGUCAACUUGCUUUGGCAGAACUGGCUGCGCAGUUACAAGUCGGCUCUGAGUUGGUGGCAUCAAUGUUGGAGCCUCGUCUUGGGUCACUGGUGAAAGGUAGGCUUGAAGGUGGACAGUUGUAUACUCCAGCCUAUGUUGCACGUGUUCGUGCCAUGGUUCGUGGUGCUGCAAGGGGAAUCACAGUUCCAACAAAUUUGUCAGCAUUGUGGAGCACCUUACAGAAGCUUUUGCAAGAAAUGGAUGGAUCUACUGGUGUGGCUGUUGAAGGUUCAUUUUUUCAGUCUCUGUUUAAUGGGGUGGUCAAGGAAGGCGAGGUCCUUGGAUCACUUCGUGCAGGAGCUCAUUGGACUCCAAGUGUCUUUGCUAUUGCUCAAAAGGAAUGAGUAGAUUCUUUCUUUUCACAGAAUUCUUUUAUCAGCUACGAAGCUCUGAACAAACUUGGAAUUUCCCAGCCUGUUCAGUUCUUGCAGUCCAGGUAUCCUGAAGGUACACCUUUAGUUACAGUAUUUGUUCACCCAUCAAUGAUUGAGAUGUUGGAUUCUACUACAGAGGAUGCUGUUGAGCGGGGUAGCUGGAUUGAUUCUCUUUCUGUAUUACCCCCAUCCUUUGGACUGCAAGAUGCAUCUAAGAUUUUGUCUCUUUGUCCAUCUGUUCAAUCAGCCCUCAAGGCUAAUAAAGUGCUCAUCCUGGGUGAAGUCUAUGUAUUUAGCAAUACUUUUGUCAAGGACGUCUAUGAUCGCUUGGAAAAAGAGAUGGAAGCUUUCAGUUUUUUAGGGUCUUCUGGUAUCAUGCCGAGUGAUGAUUCAAGCAAAUCUACUGAGUCAAAUGAAACUAGUGGUGAGAGUGGUCACAAAAAUGCAGUGAAGAAAGGAUCAAAGAAGAAAAAGGGAAAAUCUUCUGGCAAUGCAAAAUCAGCUGCAGCUGAAAGUGGUAAAGAUGACCAGGAUUACAUCCCUACAAAAUCUAAGAAAAACCAGAGGAGAGGCAAGGAUACAUCUUCAUUACAAGUGUCAGAUACUAAAUCAGGAGCUAAGAAAGACUUAGUGAAAGUGCAAGAGAGCAAUCUUAAUGUUCCUUCAGAAGAGUGGGUAAUGCAAAAGAUUAUGAUGCUGAAUCCUGAUUUUGAAGAACAAGGAAUAGAUGAUCCCCAGACAAUUCUUCAGCCUUUAGCAAACCAUAUGAGACCUAUGCUAAUCAGUCGUUUGAAGGAAAGAAGAAAGGCAUUGUUUACUGAAAAUGCAGAGAGAAUCAAGCGCCUGCAUGAUAAUUUGCAAAAGAGACUUGAUGAGUCUUUCUUAAACAUGCAGCUGUAUGAAAAGGCAUUAGAUUUGUUUGAAGAUGACCAAUCGACUUCAGUUAUAUUGCAUCGGCACUUGUUGAGAACAACUGCUGCUGCUAUUGUGGAUACCCUAUUUCUUAACUUGGACAUGCACAAUAAAUUGAAGAAUGGUAUUGAAGUUGAGGAGUCCCAACAUUCAGAAUCUGUUUCACUAAGUUCAGGAGAAAGAGCUGCUCUUGCCAAGAGUUUUCCAGGAUCACUUUCAAAGAAGGCUCUUGAUGUCCUUGAAUCUUUGGAAGGGAAGCAAGUGGAAACAUUUACAAGUGCAUUUAGAGAGAUCGCAGAGGAGAGUGGGUUACCCUUGAAAAAGCUUGACAAGAAAUUGGAGAGAACUCUGUUGCAUUCAUAUCGAAAGGAUUUGACAUGUCAAGUUUCUACUGAGAGUGACCCGAUUUCACUUCUGCCAAAAGUUGUAUCACUGCUUUAUAUACAGGUUUACAAUAAAGCUCUUCAAGCCCCUGGAAGGGCCAUUUCUGUUGCUGUUUCUCGAUUGAAGGACAAACUAGAUGAUUCAGCAUAUAGGAUAUUGACGGAUUACCAAUCUGCAACAGUAACCCUUUUGGCACUUAUGUCAGCAGCAAGUGGUGAUGAGCAAGAUUGUUCAUCUGAUAGAAUUUUGAGUAAAAGAGAGCUUCUGGAAAAUCUAAUGCCAGAACUGAAAGGCGUGGUUUUGGGCACCUCGCAAUCUUCAGCCGGCAUGGAAAUAAAAUCAGAAAAUUUUCCAUAGAGGAGGCUGGCCAUAUUAUACUUUCCUCCUUGUUGCAAAUACAAGCAAUGUGUCCGGAUGUUUAGGCUGUAACAGUAACUCAUCUAACUAAUGUUUCUUUAAUAAGACAAGCAAAUAUUAGAUUGUCUUUGAAGCUAGAGAAGCAUAAAUGCUUAUCCCAAAUGGAGUGUUCGUUUUUGUUUCAGCUUUAUUAUUUUAUAACAAUGGAAUAUAAAAUCAAAGUAA